AUGAGUGGCAAUCCAUUGAAUCAAUUGAAUCGCUUAACUCAUUUGGAUUUGAGAGUUGGAGUCAAUAUUUUUGACCCAUUCUUCGCCGACAUAUCAGCGAAAUAUCCAUCCCUUCAAUACUUAGCUCUAAAUCGCGUGAAUAUAACACACAUAGCGGUGGAAGAGAUGUUGAAACUGACAGAUAUUCGGGCCAUUCGUCUCAUUGGUUCCGUCACUUCUAAAUAUCAUAAACAAGCGAUUCCGAAGCCAUUGAGAGAUGCGUCGGCUGUUGAGUGUCUGCCCGCACACGAGCUCUUGUGGAACGACCCGAGCACUCAAGAGUCAUAUGAGGCCACCAUUGAAUUGGUCGGACAUAACCAACACAACUGCCCGAAGAAUGGAUUCGUUUCCAACACCAAACGGAAGACAGUUAAGGGAUCGCCUAAUCUUCAGAGUCACUCGACCACCAAAUUUGUGGUCAACUUAGCCAUCACUGAUCUACUGUUUUGUUCCCUUAAUAUGCCGCUCGCGAGUGUCCGCUAUAUGACCCGUUCGUGGCCUUUCGGCACAAUUUUAUGCCAAUGGUAUCCAUUCUUCUUCUACGGCAAUGUCGCCACUUCUCUCAUGUCUAUCACUUGCAUAACUGUCAAUAGACUCGUAUUCAUAGCCUUUCACUCCUAUUAUACAAAAAUAUAUCGAAAAAUGAAUGUAUGGCUUAUGAUAUGGUUUUGUUGGAUAUUCUCUUUCGGUUUGACAUCAAUGCCAUUACUGGGAAUGUGGGGUCGAUUUGGGUACAGAGAGAGCACUUUCUCGUGUACUAUACUCGCCGAUAGCUACGGAAACUCUCCCAAAAAGUUUUUAUUCGCCUUUGGGUUUGUUAUACCGAUUACUGUGAUUAUAAUUUGUUACACAAUUAUAUGGAUUCACGUGCGAAGACAGUCGAGUCUUACGGUUAAGACAGCGAAACGAGAUUUACGGCUAACGAAACUGAUUUUUGCGAUAUUCGGCGCUUUUCUCGUGUGUUUCGCUCCGAUUACUGUUACAAAUGUAUUGAUCACCGAAACAGAGUAUCCUUAUCUACACCCAAAAAAUAUGACUAAAUAUAUGGGACUCGACGUCAAGCAGUUUGCACUCAAAGCGAGCGUCCAGAAGACCUGUCCGAUAGUUGGACUGCUCUUUGAUCUCAAAAAACACAAUCUCACUAGUUCCUCAAUAGUGGACUCGUUGAGUGAUUUGUCGUCACAAAAGUCGGGAAUACGUCCGAAACCGUUGCAGUUGAAGGUCUGA